CGCGGCGCCCAGUAAUAAUCACGCUGGGGCGUCAAGCCAUGAACUUUAAUAACUUGCUCGCAACCUUUCCUUGAGGUGUGUGCACAUCUGUGGUGUGCUGUGCUCAGCAAUGCCCCUGACAUCUCAGCUGCUCAGGGGUUUCCCCCGAGCCAAGGUGUUUGCCUCCAGUCUGUUACCCUGCCAACACCAUCAGUCCCAGUUUGGUCCUGUUGCUUCCCACUCUUCCUCAAGACAGCCGUCCCACAAAUGGCAGAGGCGCCAGCCAUCGAGAAGCUACCGGGCGUCCUCCGUGCUCCACAGUUACAUCCUCACGCCCCCUCAGGUCAACUCCAUUCUGAAAGCCAACGAGUACAGCUUUAAGGUGCCUGAGUUUGAUGGGAAGAAUGUAUCAUCAGUGAUGGGUUUCGAAAGCAAUCAGCUUCCAGCUAAUGCUCCCAUCGAAGACCGGAGAAGUGCAGCUACAUGCCUUCAGACGCGAGGAAUGCUGCUGGGUGUCUUUGAUGGCCAUGCUGGUUGUGCCUGUGCUCAGGCGCUGAGUGAGAGGUUGUUUUACUACAUAGCCGUUUCACUUCUUCCCCAUGACACCCUGUGUGAGCUGGAGGCUGCGGUGGAUUCCGGGAGACCCCUCAGUCCCAUCUUGCAGUGGCACAAACACCCUAAUGACUACUUCAGCCGCGAGGCUCAGACCCUCUACUUCAGCAGCCUCCGAACAUACUGGCAGGAAUUAAUAGACCUAACCAGCCCAGGAGAGGUACCGGACACCCGGGAGGCAUUGCUGAACGCCUUCAAGAGGCUAGACAACGACAUUUCCCUGGAAGCUCAGGUUGGAGAUCCAAAUGCAUUUCUGCACUACUGGGUUCUCAGAGUGGCCUUUUCUGGAGCAACAGCUUGUGUGGCUCACAUUGAUGGAUCAGACCUCUUCAUAGCCAAUUCCGGAGAUGCCCGAGCAGUGUUGGGGGUGCAGGAGGAGGACGGUUCAUUCAGCGCUCACACACUCUCUAAUGACCAUAGUGCCCAAAAUGAACAGGAGGUUGCUCGGAUACGGAGCGAGCACCCACCGUCAGAGAGGAAGACCGUCAUACGUCAGGACCGGUUACUCGGCCUGCUCAUGCCAUUCCGUGCAUUUGGGGACGUGAAGUUCAAGUGGAGCAUCGAGCUGCAGAAGCGCGUGCUGGAGUCUGGGCCUGAUCAGCUCCAUGACAACGAGCACACAAAGUUCAUCCCUCCUAACUACCACACACCGCCGUAUCUGACCGCCGAGCCUGAGAUCACACACCACAAACUUCGGCCACAAGAUCGCUUCAUGGUGAUCGGCUCUGACGGCCUCUGGGAGACCCUCCACAGACAGGAAGUGAUUCGCGUUGUGGGAGAGUAUCUAACAGGGGUUCAUCAGCGCCAGCCGCUCAAGGUUGGAGGCUACAAAGUCACUUUGGGACAAAUGCAGGGGUUGCUGGAUGAGAGAAAGGCUCGCAUGUCUUCGGCUUUCGAAGAUCAGAACUCAGCAACCCACCUUAUGCGUCAUACGGUGGGAAACAAUGAGUUUGGCACGGUGGACCAUGAGAGGCUGUCAAAAAUGCUGUCACUACCCGAGGAGCUGGCUCGCAUGUACCGUGAUGACAUCACCAUCAUCAUCGGGCAGUUCAACCCUCACGUAAUCGGAGCACAGCGACAGGAAGAGCAAUCCUGAGCUUUUCAGAAGCCAUUCACUACUGUCGUACCGACACGCGCACACACACACACACUUUUGCAAAUGUGCGCUGUAGACCUGAGAUUAAGCACAGAAACCACAUAGAAUAUCUGUCUUGCAUUUUUAACUACCUUUGUGUAUAGAAGUUGUGUGUUUAUAUAUGAAUUGUUACAGAGAGCCUGUUUUUUUUUUUUUUUUUUAAUUUCUAUUUUAUUUUCCAUAUUUUUAUUGGGUUCUAGAUUCAGAGACAAAUGUUAUUUAUGCUGCCAGUCUCGCUAAGCAGCUGUUUUCAUACACAUUGUUCUGUGCUGUUGACAUCACGCUGUUACAAAUUACAUUUGGUGCCAAAGUAGGUUCAGCCUCCUUGUGUGCUGAAAGGCUCAGCAGGGUUAAAAUGACAGAAAGAAUGAAGGUAGUGGUUUUCUUGAGUGAAGAGGCCUUGGUGAACAGUUCUGGACUUGAAGUGGACUGGUUGAGGUAUAUUGCAGUACUGCUCUCUUUCGCUAGCUUUUUUUUUUGUGUUCUGGAUCCCAAACACAACUUAUUCACUUUCUAGAUCUUUUCUGAGAGACUUGUUACAAAGACUACUACACCUGUUCAUCUUCAUUUCUGUGUGUGCCUGUUUCUCAGAUAUUAUUGUUAUAAUUUCUGUCCAAAAAGCUGGUUCUGCAUUGACAGUGGUAGAGCUCUGCUCCAGCACCUGACUGACAUAAAAUUGUAAUGAUUAGAUUAAUAGCUGAUUGAGGUAUUCACAAUCAGGGGAGUCUUAUGUGUCAUCCGAAAAAAGCAGAUCUGUUACUGUAAAAACUUAUAAGGGAGUGAAUGUGGUUUCAGUAAGCAAAAGCUUAACAUUUGAGCUCAGAAACCGACAUUUCAUCAUUUUGACGGUUUAUGAGCAAGAAUGGAUGGGAAUAAAUUAUUUAAUGUUACACUGUAGCCCACAAAA